GAAAUUUUCCAACAACGCCUCGCUCUAGCUACACACAGCUUCGCCUGACAGCGAAAUAUUGCGUGCACACCUGCUGCGUGCGCUUCGCAAUAACAAAAUGGCCGUAAGGCGUCCUUGAAAUCCGUAGAACCGAUAUUUUAUCAGUACACAGUUGCUAAAGAGUUUAGUCGAGUGCGCCCUGAAAUAAGCCGGUAGUAAAGAAGAACCGCAAAAUGGGGUUUAUUACGUCACUUCUCUUUAUCAUUUUGGUGAUAGUGCAGGAGUCCCUACUGAUUAGUCUAUCGCGGCAAGACUUUGAAGACAACGACAUCAAGAAGUUUCUGAAUACGACAGAACCUAUAUGGACAUACAACACUACCGCAGCCAGAACACAUUUCUGCAAAGUGGACGUCAUGUACAACUUGACCGACGCACUAAUUCUUUUCAACAGGUCCUACUUUAGAAAAAAGCGCAAGACUGUGACUACGAAAGAACUGAUGGGAAAGUUUAGUGACGAAUUCGACGACGAGAUGUCCGUCGGCCUAAAAGAUGUUGUACCUAUUACGUUGGAGCAACUGUUUUAUGUUAACGAAAAUAAAACCUGCGGCAUUUUUAUGAUUAUCCCAGAAUAUCACGGUGAGAUCGCUUUUGUUCGUCUUUUUUACCGUCGACGUGUCUGUGGCGUCUUGUUUUUACCGUCGUAAUUCCGUCGUCAUAUA